GGAAGCCAGAACAUGAGAAAGCUUGGAGCAUUCGAGGCCUGAAAUCACAAAGCAAAUUAAAAAUGCCGAUUUCCAGAAUUGCGAUCGGAGAUGCGUCUGAGUUUAGUCAGGCCGAUGCUCUUAAGGCGGCCCUGGCUGAGUUCAUCUCAAUGCUCAUCUUUGUGUUUGCGGGGGAAGGCUCGGGCAUGGCUUUCAAUAAGCUGACAAAUAAUGGUUCAGCAACGCCAGCAGGGCUAGUUUCGGCAUCAAUAGCUCAUGCCUUUGCACUGUUUGUGGCGGUCUCUGUUGGUGCCAACAUCUCUGGUGGUCACGUGAAUCCUGCUGUUACCUUCGGUGCUUUCGUUGGGGGCCACAUUACCCUCCUUAGAAGCGUUUUGUACUGGAUUGCCCAGUUGCUAGGGUCCGUGGUUGCUUGCUUGCUGCUUAAAUUUGCCACCGGUGGACUGGAAACAUCCGCGUUCGCACUGUCGUCAGGGGUGGGAGCAUGGAACGCAGUGGUAUUUGAGAUAGUGAUGACCUUCGGAUUGGUGUACACAGUGUAUGCAACGGCGGUGGACCCGAAGAAGGGAGACAUUGGGAUCAUAGCGCCCAUUGCAAUCGGUUUCAUAGUGGGAGCUAACAUCCUGGCCGGCGGCGCCUUUGAUGGCGCGUCCAUGAACCCGGCAGUGUCGUUUGGACCUGCCGUGGUUAGCUGGACGUGGGCCAACCAUUGGGUCUAUUGGCUCGGUCCAUUUGUUGGGGCUGCUAUUGCCGCCCUCGUCUAUGAGCUUUUCUUCAUCAACCAGAACACUCACGAACCCCUCCCAACAACCACUGACUAUUAGGAGCCCGCGGCUUGUUCAGUGUUUAUGUUGAAAGUGGGUGUCUUUGCUUGCUUGCUUUCUGUUUCACGUGUUGUUUUCCGUCUUGCUGCCUCUUCUUGUUGAUUCCUGUUGCCUCUGUCCUGUUUUGUAAAUCAUCUUAUCCCCAUA